GGAGUUUUACCGUCAUUAAAUUUUCUCAAAAAACUUAAAAAUCUAAACGAAAUUGAAAUUUAACGUUUAGUAAUUUUGUUAUUAACGUUUUGUUUGUUUUUAUGUUUGGUAACAUAUAUUUAUUUAUACUUAAAAUUGCCGUGUAUCCCUUGUUCUGAAAAUAUGAAUCUACAAAUGUUUUUGUCGACUUCAGGAUGUUGCAAAAUAUCAAAAAUAAUUUUGAUUUUUGUAUUGUUUCUUCAUGUAAUAUCUUUGUAUGAGGUGUCUUCUAAUUCUGAUGUCAACAGUGUUGAUGGACUUGGUAGACAUUUACUUAAGGACAGCGACUUGCACAAACACAAAGACUCUAGUAAAGAAGAGACCUCUGAUGAGCAUGGGUUUUUCCACAUGUUAAAGAAAAGGGGUUCAAACCUUGGUUUCAUCCAUGCGUUUGUUGCAUCUUUGUCUGUGAUCAUUGUGUCGGAACUGGGUGACAAGACAUUUUUUAUUGCUGCCAUCAUGGCGAUGAGACAUUCAAGAUUGACUGUUCUUGCUGGUGCACUUGGUGCUCUUGUUCUCAUGACAGUUUUAUCAUCUCUUUUAGGUUACGCAACUACUGUGAUUCCAAGAAAAUACACUCUUUAUGCUUCAUCGAUUCUGUUUGGUGUAUUUGGUUUGAAGAUGUUACGAGAAGCUUGGGUAAUGUCAGCUGAAGAGGCUCAGGAGGAAUUCAAUGAAGUACAAGCCGAUUUAAAAAAGAAGGAAGACGAGAUAGCACAGCGGAAUGCCCCGGUACAGGAUAUAGAAACUGGUAUUAUUCGAACACCAGGUCGACAGUUUGUAUCGGGAAUUUUAUCAACAGUUUUUCUUCAGUCCUUCACAUUGACCUUUUUAGCAGAAUGGGGAGACAGAUCACAGAUAGCUACUAUUGCUCUAGCAGCCAGAGAAGAUAUAUGGGGUGUACUUAUUGGAGGCUCCCUGGGCCACGCCCUGUGCACUGGACUUGCUGUUGUAGGUGGGCGAAUGAUAGCUCAGAGGAUCUCUAUCAGAACAGUAACAAUGACGGGUGGUGUUGUCUUCAUAAUAUUUGCCUUCUCAGCACUAAUGUUCAACAUUGACUGAAAAGAAUCUGCCCCAGUACCACCAUGCCAACCAGUGUCACAGGAACAUUUUGUUUUAGAUAGAUAUUAAAUAGCAGGGAACAUUUUGUUUAAAACAUUUUGAUUUGCAACACUAUGACAUAUUUUUCACUAUUAAAGCACUUUUUAAUACUUGAAAUCGGACAUUACUUUAGAUUUUAUUAUUCAUAAUAUUCAUUUCUGUACCUCAAAGCAGGGCUAGCUCUGGCACUCGCCGAAUUCACCAACUGUGAAUUUUGAAAGCAGUUGGCGAAUUUUAUUUUAAUUUGGCGAAAACAAUUCAUAUAAUAAUUGACAUUAACUGUUGAAUUCUGCAAUUUUUGAAGUUUAAUAGACAAUUUGGCGAAAUGUUUUGCUCACCCAGAGCUAGCUCUGCAAAGUAUUGAUGGUCAUCCUGGUGUUUCUGAUGCUCUACAAAAUACAUUUUUCAUAUUUUUUAAAAUGCAUGUACCUCUGAGAAGUAAUGUUUAUGAAGACAAGCUGUCGUCUAUUUUUUAUGGAUAUUACCCCAUUUCAGCAUUACAGACUCUUUGUUUCACUCCAUUGUAACUUUAUCCAAAUGUGCUACAGGUUUGUAAAUUAAUCAAGCUUAGUGUCCAUUCUCACGACUUGAAACUAGAGUGUGUGAGUUUAAUGUUUUAGAAUUGUGGAGUGAUAUCUGAAAGAUGCAUAGCGAAAUGCACUGCGAUACUGAAAAUAAUGUUCCCUGUUACAGUGUAUGGAUGACAAAAUGCUAGUACUGAAUGUUUACUGAUAAUAUUUAUACAUUUUGUGAAAGUAAAAUACAAUUUUAAUUUUUUAAUGAAUUUAUUUUAUAUACAUUUUAUGUUUAUAUCAAAGCUAGGGUACAUUGAUUAUUUUUGUUUUUCAGACUUGAAAAUGCAACAUUUAAAGUGCAUGCUAGCUUUUGAAUGUGUGUGUUUGAUUUUAUUUUUUAAAAUUUCAGUUGUUUUUAUUGAUGUACACUAGUUGCAUUAAAAUUACUUCGAAAAUUCUGAGAUUAAUCAUUAGAUAUGGUACCUACUUUACAAAGAUUUUAGUCCAUCAAGUUAAAAAUAGCAUAUUUUCAUAACUGACAAAUUAUUAUUAUUGUAUUAUUUUAGUGGAGUGACCUGUUAUAAGUUUAUUAUUAAUUUUUUUUAUUAGACCAAAAAAUGUCGUCAUCAGUUUUUAGCAUCUUAUGGCCACCAAGAAUAAGCUACCAUCUUUUCACAUCACUUAUACCAAUACUUACCCAGCUUUAUGUGUCUAUGCAUGGAAUUGAAGCUGAAGGAGAUCUCAUGAAUUUGUGAUUCACGUGACCUCUCGAUAGUGUUGUAUUUUUCACAGAAUGUAUUGUGACAUAGUAUGAUAGAAAUUGUAUAUAACUGCAUGGAGUAAUUAAUGGUGGUAUGCAACCUAAAACUGAUAACCCACCUCAUUAACCUGAGAUAGUUUUUAUCCUGCAAUCCAAUGAAAUGAGUAGGCAGUGUCUGGGACUGACACUAGAUAUUGCUAGUGUCCUAACUACAAAUCUUGCUGGUACAAUUAAGAGAAAAUAAUUAUUAUAUCUGUUUUCUGGUGGUCACUUACCAUUAUUCAACUUUUUAGAAGUUCAUAUAACAUUAACAAUGUAGCACAUAUUAUACUUAAUAAUGCAUUUCUUUGAUAACAAAUAAAUUGCAAUGGUGGUGUAUGGGGAAAUUGCCAUACCAGUUAUUUUUACAAUCUUGAACUAUGUUCAACUUGUUUACUCAUUGGUUUGAUGUAUUUGUUAAAAUGUUUAAACAUUUGAUAACAAAUAAAUUGCAAUGGUGGUGUGUGGGGAAAUUGCCAUACCAGUUAUUUUUACAAUCUUGAACUAUGUUCAACUUGUUUACUCAUUGGUUUGAUGUAUUUGUUAAAAUGUUUAAACAUUUGUUUAUAAUUGCUUAAGUAUCAGUUAUAACUUCAUUUUUUAUGUUAAAACAAUUUUAUUCAGUAGUUUAGUUGUGGUACCAAGGUCUGUAGUCAUAUGUGUUGCUAUGACAAUAGAAAUAUCGUUUGUUGGUCCCAAACAGAGGUGGGGGAAUUGUACUGUUUUCUAACUUUGAUAACCCCUUUUUUUUUUACAAUCUUAAAAAAGCAAGCAAGUCUUGCAGCAUGCCAUGUUUUUAAGAUGUUAAAUUAGUCAUAUCUAUUAUUAUUUUUAAAACUCCUAAUUCAUAAAUAAAUGAUAUGUUAUGUUUACCAAGAUAUACAAUUUUAUUUUAAUAUUCUAUAGUCUAAAGGAAACAAGUUGAAUCAGGCUUGUAUGAAAUAAUAAAUACUUUGCUAAUAACAUCAUAUUCUAUCAAUGCAAAGAGUGAUUUCAAAAUAAACAUCAUAUUAUUCUAUCAUGCAAAGAGUGAUUGCAAAAUAAAAUUAUCUAUAUUGCAGUACCAAAUGCAGUAGUGUAAGAUAUAUAUAUAUAUAUAUAUAUAUAAAUUGUGUCCUAAUUUCCUCAUAAUUCUAUAAAUAAUUUUGAGGACUAAUAAAAUCAAAAGUGUAAAUAAUUAUUUGCAGACCAAACUACAGACAAAACCCCAGUUAUGUGAUAUAUUGUGCUGAUGUGACAACAGUUUUGUAUAUUUUUCUUCUAUUAUUUAUGAUUGUGAGAGAUUAGAGGUCGUUCAUAAUAAUCAAUAUUCAUAUGGUCAUACAGAACAUAUUAAGAUCCCUCGAUCUCCAAUCUCCCUUACAUAGUAUAGCUACUUGUCCAGCAUUUUCGGUGAUACUUGUAGCAACCCCCCCCCCCCAUUCCUACCAAACAGAAAAAGGAGAAACCCCCCAAACAUUUUGGAAUUGCAAAUAAUCACAUCAAAUGGGAUGCAGUCAUUCUCAGUAACCAAAGGGGUGUGAUGUAGCACAUUGGGGUUUCCUCAACACAGCCUGUGUUCCAUGAUUGGUUGUAUCAAAGGCUAUGAUGUGUACUGCCUGUCUAAGAAAAUACAUAAAAAGAUCCCUUGCUACAGUAGCAGUAGCCUACUGGGUGGUAGUAGCAGUAUCCCAAUUCACGAAGCUCUCUUUAGCAGCAUCACUUUCCCUUUUAUAUCUAUUUGCAUUGGAUUGUGAGAUCACAGUUACAGGAGUUUGAUGUAUUAGACCCCAGAUGUCUUCUCUUACUUUCUAGGCCAAGUGUAAUAAAAACUCUGUGUUAGACGGCAAAUAAUUAAAGUUAAAUAUUCCUUUCUUUUCCUUUUAAACAUCCAUCAUGACCAGCAACAAAGCGUUUUUUCUUUUUCCCCAUUAGAGAGAAUUUCAAUAAACCAACUAGCCAUAAAAUUGUAAUUAUGUUUAGUGGCACCCAUCCUGUAUGAUUAUUUCUGAGACAACUCAUAGCCUCCUUCGCCCACCACCAAUAUACACAUUUGAUACUAUAAUUUUAGAUGACCUGAUAAUGAUUAUAGAAAUUGUAUACUCUAUUAAUGGUGUUAAAACAGAGUAUAUUGUAUUAGUUAUAGAAUAACAACACUUGGUCAUGAGUCACCUACCACUAUUUAGGAAUAACAAACAAUUUGAUUAAUUAAUUAGACAGUGCUAUUUGGUAUUAUUGUUUGUAAAUAAUUAACUAUUCAGUGACAUUUUUUAAAUCAGAUAUGUAAGUUAUAUAAUUUGUGACUAUGAUAUAGAAUUAGUAGUAUUUGUAUUAUUUGUCUUGAUGUGAAUGCUGCACUUCUGCAAACUCAAGUCGGUGUCAAAUGUUUUCAGAAAAAAAUAUAUACUAAUUUUAUUUUAAAAACUGUGAACACUACUAUGUAGCUGUUGUUGUAGUGAUGUAAUAUGUCAGUGACAGUUUGAUGUAAAACAAUAAUGUCGGGACUAUUUAUUAUUCUUUGGGAUUUGUGACUUUUCUUGACUACUUGCUCCUCUGGCCAGAGAGACAUUUUUCUUUAUUUCUAUUCCUGAAAUAUAUGGUCAGCUUUAGAAAAAAGUUGUUAUAGAUGUUGCCAUUACUAUAAAAAAAAAAACCCAACUUGUUGGCAUUUCUGAUCUUAAACAUUUAACUGCAGACUGCAAAUUUGCUUAGAGGAAAUAGACUGUCACCCAUGGAAAUGUUUUAUCUAUGAAUAUGCAUAGGUUUGGUGAUAGAACCUUAAAGACUGAAUUUACAAACAUCGUUGUGAGAAUUGUGUGAAUGAUUGUUGCUACUCUUCACACGAAGGUAGUCAUCUUACAGAUUUUUAGUCCAGGCCCAGAUUUUCGACAAUGUCUUAGUGCUACAAUAUCGUAAAACCAUCAUAAGCUAUGAUGUGUCAUAGUGACACCAUAGCUUGCAACUGUUUUACGAUUUCGUAGUGCUAAGAUCAGUUUAAAAAUCUGUAGCCUGGACUUUGGACUUUAAAUAAACUACCGGGUAAAGAAAAGAAUAGCAUAGUUGAACUCUCAUUUUUAAAUGAAGUAAUGUUUAUGUAAUUUAUAUUUCAUAUGUCACAAAUAGCCAUCUGUUUUAGUGAUGGUUUGCUGUGGGUUCCAUGUACCAAAUUAUGUAUAUGUUUUGUAAAAAUGGGUUUGCAUGGUGAAACGUUACCGGUAAUAAUUAUGGAACCAUAAACUAAUUAUUAAGUGUACUAUGUGUGGAAAUAUAAUGGCUAGCAAGAUCCUGAAGAACUUAACCUUAGACAUCUUGGACUUGGUUGUUUUUUGUCAUGCAUGAUCAUUUUCAUGCUUAUAUUAUUUGUAGUGAAUGUUUGAUUUGUUAAAGGUAGUAUGUGUAUAUUAAGUAGUAUGAGAAACACUUAGAUAUUUUUGGUACAUGUGUGCACUAUACAUUUAAAAUACAUGUUUAUAAUAUAUUAAUCAUAAUGUGGGCCAGACACCUAACAUACUUUAUAUAAAUAGAUUAUUGAUUGAUGAGAACCAGAUUGGUAUUCAAUUACGUACCCAUGAAAUCCUACCCUGUGAUUGCAAUCUAAAAUACAAACAUAAAAUCCAUCAUUCUAUACAUCACUCUCAGUAUAAAGCUAUCAGUCCCCUACUGUCAAACUGGAGGGGACUGUAGGUUUUUUCUCUCUCCUUUUAGCUGUUUGUCUGUAUCACAUAUGUUUUCAUGACUCUUUUUUUUAUCACAAUGUCUCAAGAUAUUGAGUUGAACAUUUUAUGCAUAUCUUUAUUAUGUACUGUUGCAGAUCAAGUUUGACUUUCAUGGUGAUUUAUCAAUUUUUGACAGUCAUGGGUCUUGAACUUAUCUACCAAAUUUUUUUUUGUGGACUUUUUUGCAAUGCUUCAAGAUACUGAACUGAAAUGUUUGAUAUAACUUUAUCAUGUACUGUUAUAGAUGACGUCUGACUUUUCAUGGCAAUUUACUAAUUUUUCACAGAGUUAUGUGCCUUGAACUUAGGAGAUAGAAAACAAAUGUGGGCCCGUUAGGGGACAUGUAUUGCUUUUUCAGUACUCUUAGAAUCCUUGGUUUUCUCAGAAACCACAGUGCUAUUUAUAGCACAUGGUCACUGGGAAUAGCUACAGAAAUAAGUAAACAAUGACACCUCCUUUAUGUUUUUAACAAAAAAAUAAUCUAAACAUUCUUUAAAAUCAUUACAGACACUGUGAUGACUAAUUUAGAAUAUUGGUUAACAUUAUGCGGUCUAAUAAGACUUAAAAACAAUAAAAUUGUGGUCCACAGUGCUGUAAUGUUGCACCUAAAUAAAUUCACAUUUUGUUGGUAUGAAGUAGUAUAAUAUUCAAAUAUAUCUUAGCUUGCCUAAAGAUGUCACAUUAAUUGAAAGAAUAUAAACAGUUAUCACAAAUAAAUAUACUGCUAUAUUCAGUGUUAAAAUUUUUAACACUAUAUUCAGACUGGCCUCGGUGGCAUCGUGGUUAGGCAUCGGUCUACAGGCUGGUAGGUACUGGGUUCGGAUCCCAGUCGAGGCAUGGGAUUUUUAAUCAGAUACCGACUCCAAACCCUGAGCGAGUGCUCC